GUUAUUACGGGUAGACUGUUGUUGAUUCUCUAUGAAAGCCCAUGUGAUCCAAGUCCCCUGCGGGUUUCCAUCCUGGAAAAUGUAGGGCUCUGCAGAUGAGUGUAAACGCCUAACUUGGUGGUCUAUUAGGUGUCAUGCUGUGGGAUCCAGCCUAUUUCCUUCCUUUGGCUGCCAGGAAAUAUCAGCCAAAGGCCAGAAUUCUAAGAACAUAUGGAAUUGACUAUGGAUAAUUCAUAUGAUUUCAAUCAACGAAGCUCAUGUAAUGGAAUGUCAUCUGAGAAGAAAAACAACUUCCUUGUAUCAGAAGAUCAUGGACAGAAAAUCUUAAGUAUACUACAGAAUUUUAGAGAACAAAAUAUCUUUUAUGAUUUCAAAAUAAUCAUGAAAGAUGAAAUAAUCCCAUGUCAUCGUUGUGUGUUAGCAGCAUGCAGUGACUUUUUCAGGGCUAUGUUUGAAGUAAACAUGAAAGAAAGAGAUGAUGGAAGUGUUACCAUUACAAAUUUAUCCUCCAAAGCAGUAAAAGCAUUUCUUGAUUAUGCCUAUACUGGAAAAACAAAAAUAACAGAUGAUAAUGUGGAAAUGUUCUUCCAGUUGUCAUCAUUUCUUCAAGUUUCCUUCCUAUCCAAAGCUUGCAGUGACUUUUUAAUAAAAAGUAUUAAUCUUGUCAAUUGUUUACAAUUAUUAUCUCUAUCAGAUAGCUAUGGCUCUACCAGUUUAUUUGAUCAUGCAUUAUACUUUGUACAACAUCACUUUUCCUUAUUAUUUAAAUCCAGUGAUUUCUUAGAGAUGAAUUUUGGCGUACUACAAAAAUGUCUGGAAUCAGAUGAAUUAAAUGUUCCUGAAGAAGAAACAGUAUUGAAGGUUGUCCUUAGUUGGACUAAACAUAACUUAGAAUCAAGGCAAAAAUAUCUGCCUCCUUUGAUUAAAAAAGUAAGAUUACAUCAGUUAUCUGAGGAGACACUGCAGGACUAUCUGUUCAAUGAAGAGUGUUUACUCAAAAGCACAAAUUGUUUUGACAUAAUCAUGGAUGCACUUAAGUGUGUGCAAGGUUCUGGUGGACUUUUCCCUGAUGCUCGACCAUCCACAACUGAAAAAUAUAUAUUCAUUCACAAAACUGAGGAAAACGAAGAAAAUCAAUAUACAUUUUGCUAUAAUAUUAAAACUGAUUCAUGGAAGAUACUGCCACAGUCACACCUGAUUGAUUUGCCAGGAUCUAGUCUUUCUAGUUAUGGAGAGAAAAUAUUCUUGACAGGUGGUUGCAAAGGAAAAUGUUGUAGAACGGUUCGACUUCAUAUUGCUGAGUCAUACCAUGAUGCCACUGAUCAAACCUGGUGCUACUGUCCAGUCAAAAAUGAUUUCUUCUUGGUAUCAACUAUGAAAACACCAAGAACCAUGCAUACAUCAGUUAUGGCUCUCAAUAGAUUAUUUGUCAUAGGUGGAAAAACUAAAGGAUCUCGGGACAUUAAAAGUCUCUUAGAUGUUGAAUCUUAUAACCCUCUUUCCAAAGAAUGGAUAUCUGUUAGCCCAUUACCCAGAGGCAUAUACUAUCCAGAAGCAAGUGCAUGCCAAAAUGUAAUUUAUGUCCUUGGAUCAGAGGUAGAGAUUACAGAUGCCUUUAACCCAUCGCUUGAUUGCUUUUUUAAAUACAAUGCUACAACUGAUCAGUGGUCUGAACUAGUCGCCGAGUUUGGGCAAUUUUUUCAUGCAACACUAAUUAAAGCUGUCCCCGUAAACUGCACUCUGUAUAUAUGUGACCUUUCCACCUAUAAGGUUUAUAGUUUUUGUCCAGAUACUUGUGUUUGGAAAGGUGAAGGAUCUUUCGAAUGUGCAGGCUUUAAUGCAGGCGCAAUUGGAAUUGAAGACAAAAUUUAUAUAUUAGGUGGUGACUAUGCACCAGAUGAAAUCACAGAUGAAGUACAGGUCUACCACAGCAGCAGGUCUGAGUGGGAAGAAGUUUCACCAAUGCCAAGAGCCUUAACUGAAUUUUACUGCCAGGUGAUUCAGUUUAAUAAAUACAGAGACCCAUGGUUUUCUAAUCAUUUAUAAAAGUAGUAUAUACUUGGACACUCUAAAACUAUUCCAGUUCUAGCAACCUACAGUAAAGUUGUUAACCAUGAUUGGUAAAAAGGUCUUUACAUCUUAAUAAUAUAAAAUGUUCUUGCUAUCAGACAAUUACUAUAUAGGUAUGUACAUCAUAUAUGAGUAAACAUUUCUCCAAAACUUAAAGUACAAAAUACAUUUUACCAAAAAUUACAGUGAAUAUAAUUUAAUAUUGGAGAAGCCAGAAUAUUUAGUAUUUUCACAUGUAAAUUUAAGUCAUAGACUCUGACACUUUGGUUUUUUAAGUACUUUAUCCAUGAAAGACUAGUAAAAACAAAGUUCACAGAUUUGUACCAUUUGGACAGGAGAAAUUUCUUGAGGGAGUGCAAAUGAAUUAUUUACACUCUCUAGGCAGUCAAAAAUAAACUAGAAGGAGGUGACAAUCUUGUUACUGCAGGGGGAAGAGUUGUUGAAUUCCUAUCGUUUGUGAUCAUUGGUUACCUUCUUUCAGGCACUUCUUUUACCCUUUUUUUAGUCAGAAAUUUUUCUAAAAUGCAGUCUAUUUCCUUAGACUUCUAAACAGUACACUAAAUAUCGUUUAACUUUUUUUGAUUCAUCUUUUCAUUAUGAGUAUAAUGUACCAUGUUAUAAUGCCAUAAAGCCAUCAGCAGUUACUUAAAUGGUUUUAAAAUUGUUGAUUCUAUUAGUUUUCAGUGUCAGUUGGUUUUAAUUUCUACCAUUAUUGGCUCUUAUUUUCUAGCUCAAGCUCAAUAAAUUAACAUUCUUGAUUUAGUUAGUAUUUCUAAGUUACACCUGUCCUGAGCUUAUCUUAACAUGUCACCCAUUGAGUGAAGUUCUUCAAUUCUGAGAUGGUAGCCCUAAAAUACUUUUCAUGUAUAAUUGCCAGGUUUCAACCUAAUUGAGGAUGUAGAAAAUUGACCUCUGGAUAAGUGGAUCAUUAUUGUUGCAUUUCUUAAACUGUCCAAAUUUGAGCUACAGUGAGAAAUUUCAGGAUUUAAAUUAGUACCAUUUUUCUGUGAUGAUGAAUACCAACUGUAAAGCACCAUGUUAGUUUACUACUUAGGUAAAUUAUGCAUAUUGAAUUUACUUUCUAAAUUUAAAAAAAUGACAAAACUUUUGGUAUCAAUAGUAAUAUUCACAACGGGCAUCUGUUUAGAAGUUAAGUCUUUGUCCCAAACAAUGAAAGAGUAUUGGUUGUCAUUGUUCUCAACUAGAUGAUUCUGCCGUGCAAUAGCAGAUGUUCCUUUAAUCACUAUAAAAGAUAAAGGCAUUUUAGAUUUUAAGACUCCUGAUUUACAUCUCAGGUAAUGUGUAUAUUGGAUUUCUCUGGAACCAAAUGUAGUUUUUUACGCUCAGUAGUAAAUGUUAAUCUGUUUUAAAUGUACAUAUUCUUUAGAAGUGUGUCCCUAAAUGGAAAUAUACCUAAAUGAAUGUCCUUUUCUUUUACCACAUACAUUUAGGCAAUCAUAAGUUUCAAACAUAGUUUUCAAAUUGAACAGAAUAUUAGAGUACAUUUUCAUGCAGUUCCAAAAUCAAGGACUAUCCCUGAUUAGAUGACAAGUGCAUAAUAAGCAUUCUGUCCAAUUGGUCGCCUUCGUAUCUAAGCAUGUGAGUAGGUGGCUCUGCCCUUUUUUCCGUGUGUGUAAGAAAAAAGAAAAUUCCAUGGAGGCUUUUGUGUAUAUGUGGCUUUGAAAACAAACUAUUUAAGAAAAAUCAUAUACAGUGAGUGACCUAUGUGUGGAUUUACUGAACUGUUAAUUUAAGCAUAUAUUAAAUAGAGUAUGAUUAAAAUAAAUAUUGUUUUAAUCACUGA